UGUACAGAUCUACAUUCAAAAUCGUGAUCUGUGCGGUGAAAGGUUGUGAUACUCGAAGUGGCAGAUCUAAAGGGAUUCCUUUAUUUCGACUGCCAAGGGUCAUAUUAAACCAAGAUGAUAGAGAUCGACAGUUAACAGAACGUAGACGCCGUCAAUUUUUAGCCAAUAUUUAUCGCAGCGGUGUGAGUGAAGCAGCGGCGAAUAAUAUGCGAUUAAGUUCUGGACACUUUGUUUCAAGCAGAUAUUACAGAAGUGAACUGAUCUUCCAUUAACUUAUCUAGUGCAUUCUGUGUUAGCAACAGCCCAAAGAGACUGGAGCUUCUAAGACAUUGGUUAACACAAUGGCAAACAAAAAUAACAAUGUCAAAUCUCGUAAACAUGGGCGUCCUAUGGCAUCUGUUGAAUACACUGACCUUGAGUCCCACACACUGUUUCCACAUAUUCCUAUAUCAUCACCGGAUCUCAGAGAAAGUGAUUUGGAAAAACAUACCAAGAAAGAUUUAAACAGUAUUCUUCUUCUUCUCUUCCUGUAUAUAUUACAAGGCAUUCCUCUGGGUCUAUCAGGCAGCUUACCCAUGCUUUUACAGAGUAGAAAGGUGAGCUACUCAGAUCAAGCUUUAUUUAGUUUAGUCUACUGGCCAUUCAGUAUUAAAUUACUUUGGGCACCUUUAGUGGACUCCAUUUAUUUGAAAUGGUUUGGUCGGCGUAAAACUUGGCUCAUUCCAAUCCAAUACCUCAUGGGCUUGUUUAUGCUGAUUUUAUCCACCCAAGCCAAAUAUCUUUUAGGAGAUGGGGAUGAAUCAAGUCAUGUCAAUAUUGCAGGCCUUACCAUCAUAUUUAUCUCCCUCAAUUUUUUGGCGGCCACACAAGAUAUAGCUGUUGAUGGCUGGGCUCUGACUAUGUUGUCUAAAUCAAACGUGGGCUGGGCCAGUACAUGCAACUCAGUGGGACAAACUGCUGGAUAUUUCUUGGGGAAUGUUCUCUUUCUAGCACUGGAGUCUGCAGAUUUUUGCAAUCGUUAUUUGAGAAGUCAAGCACAGAAUGAAGGCAUCAUCACUCUCUCUGGCUUCCUCUGGUUUUGGGGAGUUACUUUUUUUAUUACAACUACCAUAGUGGGUGUUUGUAAGAAAGAACAUAUGGAUCUAGAGGCAGACCCAGAGCAAGGGAUUGUGGAAACCUACAAAAUUCUCCUCAAGGUCAUCUGCUUACCUCCUGUCAUCACAUACACAAUCAUUCUGCUCAUUUCAAAGGUAACUUUUGCCGCCAGUGAUGCAUUAACUGGUCUGAAAUUGAUUGAAGCUGGCAUGCCCAAGGAGAGGUUAGCUCUGUUUGCCAUACCGAUGGUGCCAAUUCAAAUAGCUCUUCCUCUUUUGAUAAGUAAAUACACUUCAGGCCCUAAACCUAUGGACAUUUGGCUUAAGGCUUAUCCAUACAGGAUGGCCAUAGGUCUGAUGUUUUGCGGUGUAGUCUACUGGGCGGGUACAACUCAGACCAUCCCUGGUGAAUUCCCCUGGUACUUUUAUGUUGUGGCACUCACUCUGUACGCUCUACACCAGGUUGCUGUGUAUUGCAUGUUUGUGUCCCAAAUGGCAUUUCAUGCUAAAAUUAGUGAUCCUCUUAUUGGUGGGACUUACAUGACACUGUUAAAUACAGUGGCUAAUCUAGGCGGCAAUUGGCCAAGUACAUUGACCCUCUGGUUAGUUGACCAUGUCACUUGGAAAAAUUGUUCUGAUGGCAGCAGCUGUGAUAGUAAAGAAACGGAAAAGGCUUGUGCAGCAGCAGGGAGUGUGUGCAGUACAACAUAUGAAGGCUACUACAUUCUCUCAGUCAUCUGUUGCAUAUUUGGCUUUGUAUUUCUCAAAUCCUGGUCCAGACGUCUCAAGCAGAUUGGUAACUAUGGUGAACAGUCAUGGCGCUGUAGCAUGUCCAGUACAUCGUCCACCUGACAUGCACAGGUACCUGCUCCAGUCCUCUAACUAGCUAUCCGUUGUUACUGUGUGGGCAGCUCACCUAGCAAAAGUGAUAUUAAGGGCAUGCAAGUUUGCAGAUCACAUCUUUUUCUUAAACAGGUUCUUUGUUUAUUCAUUAUUAAACCAUUUUUUUACAUGGAAACAAAUCCAUUUGAAUUACCUGAUUUAAUAUAUUUUGUGAGCAUCUGUAGUUAUUGAGAGAAUUUCUCAGUCUGUUCUCUCCUAGUCAUGCAGAUAGAAAAAGGUUGUUCUAACAAUGUAUCAGUUCCAGUAUAAUCAGAUAAGUUUAUAAUUUAUAGUUAGCUAGUUAUUGAAUAGGACCACUUUAAAUCUAGCUAGUUAUUGAAUAGGACCACUUUAAAUCUAAGUUCAAGUAUUUCAACCUUAAGCUCACACUCUUGACAGCUAAAAGCAUAACUUUUACCUUAAGCAAAUAGUAUGAAAUUACUAUGUUUCACACAUUCACUACAUGAAUUUUCUACAUCUUUCAAACAAAAAAUAUAAAAAACUGGAAUAUUAGAUCUUUUUUAAAAAUCGAAAUUGAUGUCUUUUUUUAAUCGGAUUACAUGUGUUAUUAGGUGUAUUUUUUUUUAAAUCUUAAAUACAACAAAUAAUGAUUUUACCCUAAACCAUGACAAAAUAAAAAAAUGUGUUAUGCCUUUAGGGAUCAUUCAUGAAAUUUCAACAAGACGAAUAGGCUUGGCCAAAAAUUCAAAUUUUGUGUGUGAGAAUAUCAUAAAUGGAUGACCUCAUAUCUGCUAUUAAUGGAAUUACCAAAGAAUACAUUAGUACAAGGCUUUCAGUAAGAUGAUGCCUGGGUAACCAAACAAAUGUGCAUUUAACAUGCUUCAUGACUUCACCAGAGCUCAUCGUCUUUGAAUGAUCAAAAUAAAAUAUUGAUGACUUUUAUAAAGUCAUUCUUAAACACUAGCAUAUUUGAUCUUAAAAAUGUAAAUAUAUUUAUCCAUUGCUAAAAUAGUUUUAAAAUAUUUUGAAAAUGGUUGCCUGGUUAUUGACUGCAUUUGAUCAUAUGUAUCUUUUCUUAUGAAUAAAGUCGAUUGACAAUAGAGGCAUAUACAGGUUUUCGGGUUGAGAAAAAGGUGAUGUGAUAUAUAUACAUAUAUAUAUAUAUAUAUAUAC